CAACUAGCUAGGUUAUUUCUGGAUACCAAAUCGGGAUAGUUUUGGGGCUUAAUGACUAAUGUAGCUAGUUAGGUAGUAACGGUAGCUGCUAGUUAAGUAUGCUAACCACCCAAAGUAAAUUUAGUGAAGUUUUUUGACUUUAAAUUCUAUUUAGCUAGUUAAAGCAUUACUGUCAAUAGUACCUAGCUAGCUCAGCUGAACUGUACUUAACUGUAAUUACAUGCGUACAUUAGUAAUCUACUGUAACGUGAAAGACACCCCUAGAUACUUUAACUAAAUCGUAGAUAGCUGUAUAUUUACUGGUUUGUUACAGUAAACACGUCGUUGACAAUAGUUUAGACGAUAGUUAUUCCAGAAGUUGUAUGUUACAGUGGCGAAUGUGUUCAUAUCAUUUUGUGGUAUAACUAUAGUCUACAGCUGGUAUUUGAGAUAGCCUGACAGUUGAACUGGUUCCAGAACGUAGCUUUAACAUAAAUAAAUGCUAUUACAGUGUGUAUUGACACAUUGUAAAAGCAUUUAGUAACGGUGGGACUGCACCCUGAUAGCUUGAUUUUGUCGUGCAUGCUGGCCCCACCAAUCCCUACCAUUAUGCCUGCUCUACUAGAGAGGCCCAAACUGUCCAAUGCCAUGGCACGCGCCCUGCACAAGCACAUCAUGAGGGAGCGAGACCGCAAGAGGCAAGAGGAGGAAGAAGUAGACAAAAUGAUGGAACAAAAGCAGAAGGAGGAGGAGGAAAGGAAGAGGAAGAAAGAAGUGGAGGAGAGAAUGUCUUUGGAUGAGACAAAAGAGCAGAUCAUGAAGAUGGGGGAAAAGUUGCAGGGUCUUCAGGAAGAGAAACACCAGCUCUUCCUGCAGCUGAAGAAAGUACUCCACGAGGAGGAAAAGAGACGUCGGAAAGAACAGAGUGACAUGACAUCCCUGACAUCAGCUACGUAUCAGCCUGGCAUGGCGAUCCACUCGCAUUCAGGACAACACCUUCUCAGCAUGCAAGCUGGUCCGGUUACUCUUGGCCGCUCCGCCGCUCUGCUAGGAGAACGCAGUAAACAGCUCUUCCAGUCCCCUGUCCACCCGGGGCGUCACUACCAGAGCCAGCCUGGGAUGAGCUCUGGGGGCUCUGAGCAUGGGCAGUACGCCGCCAGCCAGCCUGCCCAUGGCCCCUACGGCCAGCUUACACAGGCACAACACACAUCGCCCUUCGUCCCCAGCCAGCCGGUCCCUGUCAGCUAUGCCAGCAGCUCGCAGCUCAGAGGUGCCUCGGCAUUCCAGGCCAUGCAGUACCUGCCCCAGCAGCCUCAGGGCUACGCUGUGCACAGCCACUUCACCUCCCAGCCAGUAGGAUUUCUCCCUAGUGCUGGGAUCCCUCUACAGAAGCAGCUGGAACAUGCCAAUCAACAAUCCGGUUUCACUGACUCCAGUGCUCUAAGGUCCAUGCACCCACAGGGUCUUCAUGCCAGUGCUGCCGGCCUGCUUCCCACCCCUUCUCUAGCUGUGCAGAUCCCUCCUGCCAAAUCUGGCUUGCCAUACGCCCAUCCCCCUCGGCCGGCCUCUCCAGGGAGCUUUACUCAUGGAACGCCCCCACAGCAGGCUCACCCUGCAACAUUUCAGAGCUCUCCUCAGCCGGCUACUCGACAUACAUACCUUUCCCACAGCCAACAGGGACAGCGGUUCUACCACACCAAGUAAAUGGACCACACCCACCAUCUAUUCUCCACACAGAUUUCGUUUUCAACAUUAUUUUGAUUGCUGACAGUAGAUCAUGUGUAGUUUAUGCUGCCAGAAUGCGUAUAUUGAUUUGUGUCAGAAUGCAUAAGCACCUUUAUGUCAAUUGCUUUCUUUUUUUUACAGUAUUAUGUCUCAAUCACCACAUUAGGUUUGGAAUGAUGAUGAUAUUUGUAUUCCAAAAUUACGGUGCUGUUUUCAUUGUUGAUUUGUUACCAAAUGAACCCAACCUGUAUGCUACUAACUUUUUACUUAUAAUGAACACCUCUUAAUAUCCUCAAUUAUUACUUUUUAUAUCUUGCCAUUUUAAAUCUUAUUUAACUAAUUUUGAAUGAAUAAAUGCAAACCCUUCUCAGGGCACAUGGAAGAAAUUAUCUUCCGAAAGGAAGGGCACUCUUCUUCCAUUUGCAUAACCAUAUUUGUGGAAGCCAUAUUUUCCUAAACUUUAAAAUAAAAAGUUAAUUAAAAAGUUAACAAAUGAAUGUUAUUAAAUUGCACUUGAAAACAAGGACUUGCUUUUAUUUUGUCAUGUGGAGACAUAUGGUGACGUAUUAGAAAGCAACAUGUUACAAGAUACUGUCUGUGGGAGGGAAGUGAAUGUGUUGGUGUUUGUAAAAACGAAAGAAAGAACUGUAAGAUGAGGGCUUGGAAUAGAAACAUUAAUUCAUAGAACAAUGAGUCUAAGGAAAUGUCAUUCACAAGAAAUAAACAAACUAAUAACGAGUAAUCAAAAAUGUAGAGUUUUGAGUAGGUGCCAGUCUGUGUGGGAUGGGAGGGGCGGAAGUUGACGAGGCACUUCAGAGUGGUUUGAAGGAAGAGCAGGAGAGCGCGAAAGAAGAACAAAUGGCCUAGUCUCUUUAGUGACUCAUCAUUCUUCGGUUUUCUACUGAAUUGAAAAUUAUACUUGUUGUGAUAUCAAAAUAUAGCCUGCUGUUUUUGGAUGCUAUCACUGUUUCUGGAUUUGACUCGUUUUGACAAUGCUGAUGAAACUGAAACCAGCGUGUUUGAGUGAAUUAGUGAGUCUGCUUAGACUUCAAAGCUCUGGGAUGGCUUGACUUUCUGUGGGUGAUGUAUCUAGGGCG